CAUAUGGAAUUUGGAAGACCCACUUAAAUACAUCGAUUUGAGUUGCAACAUUUUGUUUUUUCAUCUCUCAGAUCCACCAGGUUGGGGAACGCAUUUGAGAUAAGUAUUUUAGAAUCAUUUGGAAAGCAUUGGAAUAGAAUGAUCCAUUUACAUCAAAUUGCAGGAUCAUUCUGCAAUUGAGACAUUGAAUGAUCUUCUUCGGCAGAAUUUUAUGAAAUGAUGCUACUUCUGUUUUCUUUUUCUUUCUGAUUAAAAUUUCUCAGAAAUAUAUCCUGAAUUAUACAGAAGUAAUUCAGUGAUAUAUUUCUCUAUAUAUGGGAUUGAAAAGUACUUAUUCUUGUAUUUUAGGUAGCAUAUUUUCCAUGGAUUCCAUGAAAGGACAAGGAGGCAUCCAGAUGCUGCUGACUGCAGAGCAGGAGGCCCGACAGAUUAUUUCCAAUGCUAAAAACUUAAAGUUGACGAGGUUGAAACAAGCUAAAGAAGAAGCUGAGAGGGAAGUGAAACUCUACCACUCCAAUAUGGAAGCUGCCCACCAGAAGAAAAUUUCUGAGACAAGUGGGAGCAGUGGGUCAAAUGUAAAACGGCUUGAUGAGGAAACUGCAAUGAGGAUUCAAAGCUUGAAAGAGUCUGCUUCUAGGGUUUCAUCAGAUGUUGUUGCCAUGCUCAUCAAGCAUGUCACAGCGGUGGAAGCUUGAUAUGUGGUGGUUCUCAGUUGCAGAGUAUGAGGCAUAUGAAAAAUGAAAAUUGCAAUAAAGGAAGAAUGAGAGAUGAGAGUUAAGGAAUAGGCUGCCAGCCUUCUCCAGACAGAUUUUUUAAAUUAAUUCAUGUAGUCGCCUUGAUGAGUUGAUUACUUAAUAUAAAUUCCAUGGAGAGCGAAGUAGUGGAUGAGUUGUUGCAAUUUGAAUGAUUUGUAACAACUGUCACGUGAUUUCUUUGAGGGAUCGAUUAGAAAAUCUCAUAAGACUGGACGUUACAAAUUUUGAAAAUUUAUGUGGACAGA